GCCGCCAUGCUGCUGCGGGCAGCAGCUGUGUGCGCGCUGCUCGUCGCCGCCGUUGCAGGCGGCAAGCCAGUCACCUACGAGGCAAACCCAGAUGCCAAGAGGCUGUACGAUGACCUGCUGAGCAACUACAACCGCCUGAUACGCCCGGUCAUCAACAACACGGAGACACUGAUCGUGCGCCUGGGACUGCGGCUGUCCCAGCUCAUCGAGGUGAACCUGAAAAACCAAGUCAUGACCACGAACGUUUGGGUGGAACAGAUGUGGGAGGACUACAAGCUGAAGUGGAACCCGGACGAGUACGGCGGUGUGGAGAUGCUGUACGUGCCCUCCGAGCACAUCUGGCUGCCGGACAUCGUGCUGUUCAACAAUGCCGACGGCAACUACGAGGUCACGCUCAUGACGAAGGCCACGCUCAAGUUCACGGGCGAGGUGUUCUGGAAGCCGCCCGCCAUCUACAAGUCGUCCUGCGAGAUCAACGUCGAGUACUUCCCCUUCGACGAGCAAAGCUGCACCAUGAAGUUCGGCUCGUGGACCUACAAUGGCUUCCAGGUAGACCUGAAGCACAUCGAGCAGACGGCUGGCAGCAAUCUAGUCAAGACAGGAAUAGACCUGACCGAGUUCUACCUGUCGGUUGAGUGGGACAUCCUAGAGGUUCCUGCGACUAGGAACGAGGAGUACUAUCCUUGUUGCAAGGAGCCUUACUCAGACAUCACCUUCAACAUGACGAUGCGGCGCAAGACGCUGUUCUACACGGUGAACCUCAUCAUCCCGUGCGUGGGCAUCACCUUCCUGACGGUGCUGGUGUUCUACCUGCCGUCCGACUCGGGCGAGAAGGUGACGCUGUGCAUCUCCAUCCUGCUGUCGCUGACCGUGUUCUUCCUGCUGCUGGCCGAGAUCAUCCCGCCCACCAGCCUGGCCGUGCCGCUGCUCGGGAAGUACCUGCUCUUCACCAUGAUCCUCGUCACGCUGUCCAUCUCCGUCACCGUCUUCGUGCUCAACGUGCACUUCAGGUCGCCCUCCACGCACAAGAUGUCGCCGUGGGUGAAGAGGGUGUUCCUGCACUUCAUGCCGCGGCUGCUGAUGAUGCGCCGGCCACCCUACUCUCUGCGCUACAACAGCGACGGCAACCACUUCUGCGACAACGGCUACUCCAACGAGCUGGACUUCCGGGACAGCAUCAGCGACCCCUACCCGCCGGAGCUGAAGGGCAGUCCGGGCUUCGAGUCGGUCACGUCGGCCUACAAGUCGGUGCUGAGCCAGGACGAGGAGGCGCGGCAGCACCAGCCGCACUCGUCGGUGACGGACUCGGACAACACUCUUCCUCGGCAGCUGUCGCCCGACGUGCUGUCCGCUCUGCAGGGGGUCCGCUUCAUCGCCCAGCACAUCAAGGACGCCGACAAGGACAACGAGGUGGUGGAGGACUGGAAGUACGUCUCCAUGGUGCUGGACAGGUUCUUCCUGUGGGUGUUCACGAUGGCCUGCAUCGUGGGCACGUGCGGCAUCAUCUUCCAGGCGCCCUCGCUCUACGACCAGAGGAUCCCCAUCGACCAGCAGCUGUCCGAGAUCCCGCUCCGGAGGAACAACUUCCAGCUGCCCGUCUUCCCGCCGGAGAUCAUCAAGAAGGACUAGCUUCAUCCGGUCACCCUGCAGACACUCGAUCAAGUUUUCGGGGACCCCAAGAUGUCCAUCAAGUUCUGUCCCUGCCCGAUUACACCCGAACAAUUCACCUUCGGCCAACCUCGGGUUUAUUUAUAUUUCUCUGUUUAUUUUAAUGUAGCUAUACUAACCUAACCAACCGUCCAUAGUGUUUUAAAGUGUUUUAAUGUAGCUAACCUAACCGACCACUUUCAAUAUUUGAAUUCAUUUUUCCUGCGCGAUUUUUUCUUUUUUCCUAGCCUAAGUUAAUUCUAAGUGUGUAGGGGAGGGUCCAGGUUAGGGGAGGACCUAAGUGUGUCUCAGGCCGAAGCCUAUACACUCUACCAUGCGGGUUUUUAACCAUGCAGGACAAGGGCGCGUGCAUCGUGUGCUAUUGGGGUUUACUGACCAGCCAUGGCUGCGAUUGGCGCCAUGACUGACGCCCCAUUGGUCGCCUAGCUUAAAAGCUAGCUAAUGUGACCCAGGUAAAACCUGCAUAGACACAGGGAAAACCCUGGGCCGGUUCAUGCGGGGAUCAAAUAACAUGCAUUACGCAAGCAGGUAACUACUGGACAAGAGGAAGAAGGGUCCAUGUAAGAAGAGUUGGAGAGGCUGAAAAAUCAACCUUGGUGGAGUUGGGUGCUUGGGCCUUGCGGCCCGCAUUUAAAGUUGGGAGCUCCUGGGUUAUUAUUAGCCAGGGGCGCAUGCGCCCCCAGGGGCGGGCGACUUCACGUCAGCCCAGCCACAGCUGCCCAGGCAGCCACAGUUAAGACAGAAGUGGGCAGACGAGCCAGUAAACCGGCUCGAACUGCUGGCUCCCGGAGCGAAAGGCAGCCUGACAUUGCGCCAUCUUCAUCUUCCUUCUUCCAGUCAACAGCCAACGACCUUUCAAGCCAGGGUGGGGGUAAGUCGUUCAGGCGAAUGAAGUAUCUUGCGAGUCGGACCCUCUUGCCCCCCAAAUUCCCGGGUCGGUUGAAGGUCGCGCCGCCCAGGCUACCACUGGCUCCAACAGGGCCCCAACUUGAAGGCGCCGCCAUCUCUUCCUUCAGAAUUCCGAUGCUGUUCAGUUCCGUUGCGCGCGCGGCAGUCCACAGCUCCGCAAGUUCCAGCCCGCAGUUCGUCUACACUUCGCUACUAAGGCACAUCGAGCUCCCCUGCGGUGCCUUCGCCGACGAAGCUGCUUUCUGCCGCGCGCCGAGCUACAUUCAGGCUACCUUUCUCCCCGACAGCCGUGAUAACGACUCCACAGGCCGGCCAUUGGUCCGCGGACUGCUAUUGGUUAUUCACAGCCACCCCAGCGAGAUUGCAACUCUCGAGCUGGGCUCCCGUAUCCGCCACCCGCGGGACGCGGUCGGUAGCAGUUGGCGCUGCUAGGCCGCCCCCAGCACGCACACAAAACCAACACGCACUGCCAGCCUUCGGUUACCCAAUAGGGCGCAGGGAACUCCCAGCCAACAGCCCGCGAGAGAGAUGCGCACGCCCCGAGAGACGACCACCGACUUUUCCUGCGCAAAAAUAAAACAAAUCCCGAAGUUGGCCGAAGGUGAAUUGUUCGGGUGUAAUCGGGAAUGGCAGAACUUCAUGUACAUCUUAGGUCUCCCAAAGUUUUCUACUUCAGCAGUCAAAUACAAAAGUGUACUUAGGGGAAAUCAAUAUAGACAAUCACCAAGUGCGUAAUGAUUUUAAAUGUGAAGAAAUCUAACAAUGCAUGUAAAUAAAUAUGAAUUGAGUCUUAAACUACCUAUCGAAUGUAAUUUUAAAAUUUUAAAAUUAAAAACAUGUUAAUAAUCAUAUUUCAUUUAUGACUAGAAUUUUUACUUAAUUAAUCCACGUUGAAAAUUUUCCAUAUAAUUACGAAUUUUGGUCAGUUUUAACAAAUUCAAACUCAUUCAUAAUUUAUAUUUUUAAUAAAUAGUUUGACUUAUAAUUUUCUGUUUUAGAAAUAUUUAUGAUUUUCUCAUAUUUGGGUAAAUUGUAUAAUUAAAAAUAUUCCUGAUAUAUUAAAAUAUUUGAAUGUUAUUUAAGUAUAAGGCAUUUUGAUAGCUGAUGUAGUAAUUUGUGUAUUUUGGUGAAAGUGUGAAAUAUGACAUGGCACAGUUGAUGGUUGGUUUUGAAUAAAAAGAACCAAACACUCUGA